GACGCAACUGACGUCAGGUGAAAUCCUGUUUAUGGCGAAACUUUGCAAGCAAUGGACUAAAACAACAUAUUGACUCUGUAGAAUAAGAAUUAUCUCGUUAGUGGAGGAUUUUGAUCCUCACUGUUCCCUAAGUGACCUUACAGACCACCGUCCACCAUGUUUUACGCGCAUUUUGUCCUGGCCAAGAAGGGGCCUUUGGCUAGGAUUUGGCUUGCAGCACAUUGGGACAAAAAGUUGACAAAAGCUCAUGUUUAUGAAACAAAUAUAGAGCAGUCCGUUGAUGGAAUUAUGCAACCUAAAGUGAAAAUGGCUCUACGAACCAGUGGACAUUUGCUUCUAGGAGUUGUCCGAAUUCAUUCCCGCAAAGCCAAGUAUCUUCUGGCAGACUGCAAUGAGGCAUUUGUCAAGAUCAAGAUGGCUUUCAGACCUGGUAUGGUUGAUCUCCCUGAGGAUAAAAGAGAGGCUGCUAUCAAUGCUAUCACUCUACCUGACGUGUUUCAUGAUUUUGACACAGAUAUCCCUGAUCUAGAUGAUAUGGAUAUCCAUCAGCAAUUUGCGAUGAACCAGACCAGAGCUGAGGAGAUCACUAUGAGGGAGGAUUACGGUAAUAUUACUCUGUCCACUGGUGAUGAUGGAUUUGGAGAUUCAAUUGAUCUUGCUCCGCCUGAGAUGAUGAGAGAUUCGUCUCACAUGGGUCAUUUCGGAGAUGAAAUGAGCUUAGAGACGACCUUGUCGAAAGAGAGAGAGAUUUCAGGACGGGAUUCUCUUCGAGAGCAUGAUUUAGCAGGACCCAGUACAUCAGGUUCCCGGCUUGAUGCUCCGAUCCAUGAUGAUGGGUUUGGUGGAGUCGGUCCUGUCAAUGAUUAUCUCUCCGGGGGAUUGUUUGAAGAAGAAUCCCUGUUUGAAGUUCAACCUCAGAUAGAAUCUGAACACUAUGUCCCUGCUCCCAGCACUAUUGGAGAUGAUGAUUUUGGUGGAGCUCCUAGUCCUAUGCAUAGUGAUGGCUCUAGACCUGGUUCUCCCCUAGAGGAGGUGCCGGAUAUCCCCGCCCCCCAGCUAGAUGCUACUCCUGUACCUGCUACCCCUACUCCCUCCAGUCCAACCCAUAGUAUCCAAUCUACAGUUUAUGCUAACCAUGAUACAACUACUCUUCUCCACAAUGAAGAAGAAAGUUUUGCCCUGGCCCCUGUCGAAGCUAGUGCUCUGAAAGGAGAAAGAAGAAAGCGAAAGAGAAAGCUGAUUGUCGAUGAUAUAAAAGCUAUUACCGGUGAGGGUAUGAAAGGACAGCUAAGUGACAGCGCUGAUAUAGUGACUACCCUGGAUAUUGCUCCACCAACUAAAAGACUGAUGCACUGGAAGGAGACUGGAGGAGUAGAUGAACUCUUUAAUCUACCAUCUAGAAAUCUUGGACCAAAACUUCUAUUGGAAAAUUUCAAGAAAUGUUUGAAAAUGAAGGGUUCGCAAAAUGAAGAAUUUCAUGCACGGGAUGAAGAAAGAUUAAACCUAGAGUAUAACGGAGCAGAUGGAGAUCAUCCAAUCCAGAAGAAAGCUUCUAAGGAGCGUGUUCCCAAGAGGAAGAGGCAUGAUUCUGAAUCUGUGUAUGCCAAGAGGCAACUAGACUUAGCACGUCAACAAGAAGAAUUUGCCCGUAGUCGAGAGUUAGCUAGGCAACCUGAUGUAUCCCUUCCGCAACCUGAGGAAAUGAGGUCGGAGCUGGUUAUGCAACAACAAAUAAAUGUUUCUCUACAGAGUCUCGGUGGUUUGAUGACUCCGGGAAGACUGGAUACCCCCGCACAUUCCAUAGGUUUCCCAACUCCGGUUCAUCAUCAGGAGUUCCAACAAGAUCAAUCAGGACUCUUCGGAGCCACAGCUGAUCUUCAACCUCCAGCAGAUCUUACUCCGGCUCAGCAAACGACCUUCACGGAGCAAUGGGUGAACCAGGUUGCACCGGAGAUGAUGUCUCCUCAGUACGCUGAGCAAGACGACCACCAGGACGCACAUUCAGAUGCCGGGGACGAUUUUCAAGAUGCUCCGGACGACGAGGAGGAGGUUGAGGACGAGAGACCAGAGGAGGACUCUGAGAUGCAGGAGGACGAAACCAUAGAACAGUUUGAGGAUCGAAUUCUAAACAAGAGAGCUGCGCAGAUGCAUCGGAACCUGGAGAAAAGGUUUGCAGGGGAGGAGGAGAUAGAUUUGAAAUCUAUGCUGAACCGGAACCUGAGAAAGCAGGCUGCUCAGAAGUUUUACUCCGUCCUGGUUCUCCAGAAGGUGAUGGCGGUUCGUGCCUCUCAGGGUUCGGAUUCUUACGGCCAGAUUACGAUCACUCAAGGACCAAAAUUUGCCUCUGCGAUUAAAUUACUGUAAAAAUGCGGGACCUGAAUAUAUACAUUGAGUUGUAGCAUAUCAAUUAGUUAUUUGUUUCUAAUCUUGAAAAGUACAAUUUGUAAAUAUAAAGUUAAUUUAUCAAUAAGUCAAAAUAUAUAAAAAGUUUGUUUAA